AUGGUCAGUCCUCGUGCGCUCAGCCCUCUUGUCGUGGUCGACCCUCGCGCGCUCGACCCUCUUGUCGUGGUCAACCCUCGCGUGCUCGACCCUAUCGCCGUGGUCGACCCUCGCAUGGCGUUCGACCUUAUUGAGCUCGACGCCGCGUUUUGUCGAAGAUCAUACCUUCGUCAGACUCCAAGCUCGGGCGCGUCCCCUAGCGCCUGCAUGAGCCUCUCUCGCGCGUCGUCCAUUGCUUGUACGAGCUCCUCUUCCACUAUCUCAUCGGUCAUCCCAUCCACUCUUAUGUCCUAUUUCUCGGUUCAAGAGUCUUGCCACACUGCUAGAAUCAUAUUCUUUGAUGAGAUAGACUUUCCAUCCCAGAAGGAUUCUUUCUUCUCUAGGGCUUUGGAAAUCCCGAGGUCGGUAUUCCGUCCUCCUGACCUCAUAUGCCACGUGUGCUACCCUCAGGUCGUCCAAACCUCCUUGCAUUGCCAACCUCAGCAGCCUACUAUCAUAAGUCAUUCAAUUCAAUCAACUGUGAAAUCGGGCUCCGGAGGCUUCUGCAGCUUAACCAACUCCCUCGUGCUCUUCAGGUUCCUGUUCCUGUGGACCCCACGCAAGGCGUUUGCAGCAAACCUCGACACCAGGAAACUUUCUCUUGGAAUAGCGGCGCCAGGCGGCCUGGAUGAAGCAGGCGGCCCAAGUGCGCCACUGCUGAGAGUAGAAUCGGAAAUGCGAGUUGAGGAAGGGAGGUUUGAGGCCGACUUUGGGUCGAGGGCCCAAGUCAAGAGUUCUUCCCCGCAAAAGUCGCCUUCCUUUAAGAGGCUUCGGUUGAAGAAUCCGCUUCGGCCGCCGUCGGUGGUGACGCUCUCGAGACGGCCGCGGAUGAGGAAAAUCAUCUCGUCCACAGGGUCGCCCUCGCGCACGAUGUAG